AUGCGAACGCAAUCGACUGAGCACACCGUGGUGCUGCUACUCCGACAAUGCUACAUCAAUCCCAGUUGUCAAGCUCGACGCGGCUGGAGAACGAUUUCAUCCGCCUAUCGUACCCCACUACAGCUUCAACGCGAUACAUUUGGUCGACUCCAACGCCGCACAUAUUACACUGGACGCAACGAGAAGCCAGGUGAUAGUACAACGUAUUUGAAACGUACAGAAGAUCGUUAUGCGCCUUCCAUCUUUGACGAACUCCUGAAGAAGCCCAUUGUUCACAACCUCCUCAAGAAGCCGCAGUAUGAUGAAAACAGUAAACCCGAAUUUGCGGUCUUAGGAGGAGGUAUCACAGGACUCUCGACGGCACAUUAUCUGACGAAAAAUAUACCACAUGCCAAUGUUACGAUAUAUGAGAGUACCGAUAGACUAGGAGGAUGGCUGAGCAGCGAGCGUGUGGCUGUUGACGGCGGUGACAUUGUAUUUGAGCAAGGCCCUAGAAGUCUACGACCCAACGAAAAUGGAUCAGGUCUAACUGUCAUGGAACUGAUUCAAGACCUUGACCUGCAAGACCAAAUCCUCACAACCCCUAAAGACUCUGCAUCCGCCAGGAACCGAUAUAUAUAUUACCCUGAUAAACUUGUGAAGCUGCCUGGCCCCGGUACAAAUUUAUUUACAAAUUUAUUCAGCGUGUUGACAUCGCCAGCAUUGAAUUGGAUUCCCAUGGCGCUUUGGAGAGAGUAUAACAACCCUGGACGGCCACCAUCGAUGGACGAUGAAUCUUUGUACGACUUUCUUCUCCGACGGUUAGGAACCUCCGAGGCAGCAGAUAAAGCUCUCUCAGCUGGCCUGCAUGGAAUAUACGCUGGUGAUAUCACACAAUUGAGUGUCAAAAGCCUAAUGCCAUUAGUUUGGUCUAUGGAAAGAAAGUUUGGAAGCAUCAUGAAAGGAUGGCGAGAAUUGGGCCCUAGAAUAGCUUGGAAGAAUACUGCUGAUGUGGAGUUGGGCGUAGAGCUUAUCGGUAAAAUUGAACCUUCAAUUUUUGUCCGCCUGAGUCAAUCAAGUGUGUUUUCUUUCAAAGAAGGCAUUGGUGCGAUUCCUGUAGCUUUGGAAAAGUCAUUGCGAGCAAAUCCGAAAGUGCAGUUCAAGAAGGGCGUAUGGGUCAAGUCACUUUCGUUCGACCAUGAAACGGAAAAUAUCAAAAUCACAACAUCAGAGAAUGUACCACCAGCAUUAUACACCAAAGUAAUUUCGACACUUUCCGGUCCGAACACCUCAUCUAUUAUCCCACAAGAUGGAACAGCCCUCAGAUCUCCCAAUCAGCCUCAGACGCAUUUGAAACCGUUAGCAGAUAUCCACUCUGUAACUGUUAUGGUAGUCAAUCUAUACUUCCCCUCCACCACCGUCUUGCCCGUCCACGGUUUCGGCUAUUUGAUUCCUCGUGCAAUACCUUUCGACCAAAACCCAGAAUGCGCUCUUGGCGUAGUCUUCGACAGUGAUACUAUUGGCAAUCAAGACACUGUUGAAGGUACCAAACUCACAGUCAUGCUAGGAGGUCACUGGUGGGAUGGUAUGGAUUCAUAUCCAGAGUCUGAAGAAGGCGUGAUAAUGGCUCGCAACGUUAUCGCUCGCCACUUGGGCAUCACCGACGAACCGACAGCCACCAAAGCCGGUCUUCAUAAAAAUUGUAUUCCGCAAUAUACUGUUGGUCAUGAAGCUCGACUCCUUGCGGCCCACGAUGAACUCAAAGAAAAGUUCGGUGGUGGACUCGCUGUGGCUGGGAACAGUUACGCUGGGGUUGGACUGUCGGAUUGUGUUAGAGGUGCACGAGAUUUGGUGAUGGGAUUGGCGUAUAAGAAUAAGAAGAUGACGGGUUUGGAAAAUGUUCAGACGCAUACUCAGUACCGUGCUCUACCAGCUCCUCCUCCUCUUCCUGCUCUGAAGUAUUAA